AUGGCGAGCGUUCAGGUUCCGGCCAGGCACAAGGCUCUGGUGUAUGACAACCCGGGUAGCAUUUCCACCAAGAUCGAGGAGAUCGAGACCCCCAAGCCUGCUGUUGGCGAGGUUCUGGUGAACUUGACGCAUUCAGGAGUCUGCCACUCGGAUAUGGGCGUUAUGUGCAAUGCAUGGGCAUGGCUUCCUGCUCCUACACAGAAAGGCCAGGUGGGCGGUCACGAAGGCGUUGGUAGCGUUGCUGCCCUGGGGCCUGGCACCGAGGGUUCUGGUUUGAAGAUUGGCGACCGUGUGGGUAUCAAGUGGAUUGCCUCUGCUUGCGGGAACUGCCACCCUUGUCUUGUUGGCGCAGAUGCCUGCUGUACUGCAGCAAAGAUCUCGGGGUACUUUACCCCGGGGACGUUCCAACAAUAUGCCAUUGCCCCAGCCCAUUAUGUCACGCCCAUUCCAGAUUCACUUCCCAGCGAUAUGGCGGCACCCAUGCUGUGCGGCGGUGUCACUGUUUACGCCGCGCUCAAGAAGUUGAUAGACCAAGGGGCUCGCCCGGGAGACUGGGUUGUUAUCCCUGGCGGCGGGGGUGGGCUUGGUCACCUGGCCCUGCAAAUCGGUGCUCGAGGAAUGGGAUUCCGUAUGAUCGGCAUUGACAUGGGCGCCAAAGAGAAGUUGAUCAAAGACUGCGGGGCGGAGGUGUUCCUGGACCUGUCCAAAUACAGUCGAGACGAUGCAGGAACUAAGCAAUUGGUCGACGACGUCAAGGCUGCGACGGGCGGUGGUGCGGCGGGUGUGGUAGUCUGCACAGCUAGCAACGUCGCUUACGCCCAAGGCCUGAGCUUCCUCAAGUUCAGAGGUACCUUGGUAUGUGUGGGUGUGCCUGAAGGCGCCCCAGUCCCGAUCGCCACAGCAAACCCAGCAGCACUCUUGACGACGGAAACGAAGAUCAUCGGCAGUGCAGUCGGCAACAGGAAAGAGGCGAUCGAGACCUUGGAGAUGGCGGCCAGAGGUAUCGUCAAAACGCAUUUCGAGGUUCAGCCGAUGAGCAAGUUGACCGAGACUUUUGAGAGGAUGGACAAGGGCGAGUUACAGGGGAGAGUUGUCAUCGACCUGAGUGGGUGA